AUGGCAUUCUCAAUUUGCACGCCAACACCUUAUUUCAGCUGUUUUAACUCUUCAAACCAAUCUUCCCUUCCAUCUUUACCUUUCAAGCCACUCAAAUUCCCUCCAUUCUGGCCUUGGCAGAAGGUGAAGAUGGGUCCCCUCACCGUGUCUCCAAUGGGGUUUGGAACGUGGGCUUGGGGCAACCAACUUCUAUGGGGGUACCAAGAAUCAAUGGACACUGAUCUUCAACAAACUUUCAACUUGGCUGUUGAGAAUGGCAUCAAUCUUUUCGACACUGCUGAUUCUUAUGGGACUGGCAGGUUAAAUGGGCAGAGCGAAAAGCUUCUUGGCAAGUUCAUACAAGAAUUUCCAGGAAAACAGAUGCGAAAUGACAUUGUGAUUGCUACAAAGUUCGCAGCAUAUCCAUGGCGUCUGACACCGGGCCAAUUCGUUAAAGCUUGCAAGGCGUCGUUGGAAAGGCUGCAAGUUGAGCAGAUAGGCAUAGGUCAAUUACACUGGUCAACCGCAAACUAUGCUCCUCCACAAGAGUUAGCUCUCUGGGAUGGUUUAGUGGCAAUGUAUGAGCAGGGUUUAGUUCGUGCCAUUGGAGUGAGCAAUUAUGGGCCAAAGCAGCUCAUAAAGAUUCAUGACUACCUUAAAGCCAGAGGAGUGCCCCUUUCCUCGGCUCAGGUACAAUUUUCUUUGCUAAGCAUGGGAGAAGAUCAGAUGGAGAUCAAGAGGGUUUGUGAUUCUCUGGGAAUCCGAUUGAUUGCUUAUAGUCCUUUAGGACUCGGAAUGCUUACUGGGAAAUAUACAUCUUCCAGACUUCCACUUGGCCCUCGGGCAUACUUAUUCAGGCAAAUUCUUCCAGGACUGGAACCUUUGUUGAACUCCCUAAGAGAAAUUGCACAGAGAAGGGGUAAAACUCUGCCACAGGUUGCUAUAAACUGGUGCAUUUGCAAAGGUGCUAUUCCAAUUCCAGGAAUUAAGACAGUAAAACAAGCAGAAGAAAACUUGGGUGCCCUUCGUUGGUGCUUGAGUUCAGACGAGUUGCUUCAGUUGGAAUACGCAGCAAGCGAGUCUCCACGGAAAAUGAUCCAAAACAUUUUUCAGACAAGGUAA